AUGUCCGGCGGCAACAACAAUGUCACCGUCGCCCUGCCCGGAGAGCCAAAUUGGGCUGUCUGGUGGUAUAACGGAUUCGACAAUUUCCAAUUAGACAUUGUUGGUUUCCUCGCCGUGUUAGGAGAGGGUUCCGUCCUGGCAAAUGCUCAGGUGUCAGCGCUGUCCCGGCUGUUCUAUCUUCCUCGUCUGUUGCCGGCGCCCCAGGCUCUCAUGAGACCAUCUCGUCCAACCACACUACCGCCAACCACCGCCAAGGUUACCGGAAUUUACUCCGGAAAUGUCAAAGACCAUGUUCACCAUGUUGCCAACGUCCUACUGUGAGUAUUGCGUGAGCUAAAAGCACCUACUCUCACUAACAACCGUAGCGGCGUACCACUGCCCACCUUCACAGUCCGCUGUGUUGAAGUCAAGAAGAAGGAGCAAGAUUACAAACCAACUCGUAUGGACAAUUUCCUCGACACAUUCCUGCGUGGCCAAAGACGAGCAUCGACCGGAGGGCCUAACGUGGGCCCACCGCUAGUCAAAGCCAAAGCUACUGGUCCUCUCACAUGGGUUACGCUACUGGGCUUCGCCGAGGCCUUGAUUUUGAUGAUCGCUUCCAUCACUUUCGGCGACGGCAUGUCGAUUCUGGCCACAAUCCUCCUAGCAGGUCUGUCCAGCAUCAUUGGAGUUAGCAAUAAGUGGACUCUCAAGCUCCCACGACGUGCCCAGGGGCGUGCACCUCGCGGUGAUGUUGUCAUCCGAUAUCCGAAUGGAAGCUAUCUGAUAGUCAGAUGUGAUGAAGACGUGGCGCGAGAGCUCUACUUCGCCCCAGAGGAGAUCGAAUACGAGAUCAAGAGCCCGGCCGUCUACCGAAUGUUGUCUCUGCUUGGCACACUUAUGCUCAUGCUGGGCAUUGUUGCUCUGGCCAAUGCAAAACUGCAGCUUCAAUUCGCGUGGGCAGGCGCUUUUAUCAUCAUCAACAUCGGCCACUGGAUUGCCGCUGCCGUUCCGCACCGGAUGCAUUGGGACCUAUCAUGCUACCAAGUCAGAGAGCAGGGCGUCGUGGGAGGGCCCACGAAUUCAAACUUUACAGAGGCGUUGUGGAAGGCAAUACUUCUGACAAAGUCUACACGAUGGGUGAAAAACGGCGCCGCCGCUCCUCAGACUCGAGUCUGGGAUGACUGGCUUGUCGACGCUGAGGACGAAGCCAAGGAGCACAAAAGCAAGCUCGGAGAGCUCGAAGAUCCAGUAUGGCCCGGCGACAGUCCAGACAAGGCUACUAUCUGGGAAGCCCCGAAGAGUGAAGAUUGGGAUCCGAAACAAAUCUGGGAUGAAUUGAAUGAGGAGGAGAAGCAAGCGGAGUCGAAGAAGGCCAUCAUCACGACACAGGCUGCGUGA